UCCCCUCCCCGCCGCCUGGUCCUCGGGGUCUGAGGGCGGCGGCCUCCGUCCGACUGCAGACCCUGGGGCUCCGGGUCUUCUCGGCGGCGGCCGCAGCAUCUGCGGCGACGUCACAGUCCUCGCGGCCUCACACACUGCGCUCCGGCCGGCUGCCGAAUGCCCGUGGACGCGCAUCUCUUCCCAGAGUUCCUGCUUCCUGGGCCAGCCAAAGCCGCAGGGAACAGCGCAGGGCCUUGCCUGCUCUGAGUGCCUUGAAGAGGGAGCGGGGGGCACGGCUAAAGAGGCACCUGGCUCAAGGACUGAUCAAGACCAUGGCUGCAGCCCCCAGAUCCCACCUCCACGUCAAGAAGUUGUCCCUCGAAGCAGGCAUCCCCGCUGGGAAGGAGAACUCUAUGACCCCUCCUGAGGCUCGUCCCUUCACGCCCCCGCAGGAGGAGAGCUCCCAAGGGCCUCUGCCACUCAGCGGGCCCCCAGAACCUUCGUCUGUGCCCUACGCUGCAGCAACCUUGGACCAGCAGCUGACGGGUUCUCUGUCGGGGGAGCCCCACGGGCCCACUGUCCUGCCCGGCAUAUGCUCAAGUCUGAUCCUCCAGCCCUGUGCCACCCCUGACCCUCUUCUACUGCAGUCACAGGUCCCCAAUGCCUCCGACCAGGCUUCGGUUUCUGCCGCCUUAGAGUGGCAGCGGAAGCUGGAGGCUGCCGAGGCUCUGCUGGCCCUGAAAAACUCUUCUUGGGACCCCCCGGAAUCGAUCUCCCUGCACCAGCCCUGCAGCCCACCAGCUCCUGCGGGAGAUAGAGGACUCCAGCCUCCCAGCCCCCCUCUGCGACCCAGGCCGGCCAGCUCGGUUUCACUGCCUAUCGGACAUCUGGGGUGCAUCUCCCUCUUGACCUAAGAGCCCCGAGGAGGAGGCCUCGCCACAGCACUGCCUAUUUGGGUAUCCUGUUUCUGAAUGUGCAAAAUGUUUAAUGUUCAAAAUGCUUAACGUCUUUUUUUAAGCCUUCAGGUGUUUUAUAAGCUUUCAGACCCUUUUUAUGAUGUGGGGCAACUCUUUGACUGAGGUUGGAUAUUCUUGUACCUCCAUCCCUUAUUCCUGUGGAUGCUGGGGCCUUUUUAUGUGUCCCAUAAAAACAGGAUUGUGCAAUCAGUCUGUCAGUGGGGUUCUGAGUGGGUUCAUAUGCCAGUGUUUUCAUGUGUCUUGUGAUUGUGCACAUACCUGUGCACCCAUGUACGCACCCAUGCAUGUGGAAACAGGAAGAUGUUUUCACUUUGCG